AUGCGUUUCGACAACAGAGAUUUCGAUGACUACCUGUCUCUCCAACCCCUUUUCGACCCGGCCAACGACGUCUAUAAAGUGGUUCUGGUUGGCUCUAAUAAUGGUCUUGUCUGUCUCUAUUAUGCCUAUACCAAAGAUCCAGGCAGCAUACAUAAGUUGGUUAUUUGGAACCCUUCAAUUAGAAAAUUGUUGCUCAUACCUCAACCUAGCCCUCUUUUUUUUUCUCCGAGUUAUGAAAAAUUAAUUGGGUUUGGGUUUGAUUCCAGAACCGAUGAUUACAAAUUGUUAUUGACUCGGUUUUCGAUGAACCCUAUUAAAGAUGUGGUUCUCUAUUCACUAAACUCUAAUUCUUGGAAACAAAUCACUCAUGUUGCUCUUAACUACACAAGGGGCAGUAAUAUGCCUGAGACUACUCCAGCUUUCGUGGAUGGCAGGUUCCUUUGGUCUGUAAUUGCGGACAAGGGGUAG